AUGCGAUCAAAAUCAGUCAAACCGUCAGAUUACCCGGCGUUUGCUUUCCACACGAUCCGCGUCUUCGCCCUCCUCUCCGCCAUCAUCGUCGCCAUCAUCCUCUCCGUCUUCAUCUAUAACCUCCACUCCGCAAACCAGAAACUUCCCUGGGCCUUCCUCGUACUUAUCAUCACUGCCUUCCUUGCCAUUCUGAACUACACCCUGACCACAAUCACCCACUGUUGCUAUGGCCUUUCCCCGCGCCUCUCCCUCACCACGAACUCGAUCGUUCUCCUCCUGUGGCUCGCCUCCCUCGUCCUCCUCGCCUGGAGCAUGUCCCACACCAUCCUCACAGCCUGCACCACAACCUACUGGGCCACCUCAACCGGCAUCUCCGUCUGCCGGGUCUACAAGGCGCUCUUCGCCUUCACCAUCCUCGGAACACUAACCUACCUCGCCGCCGUGGCCCUCGAUAUCAUCGUCCAUCAGCGCCACACCCGGCUAGGCGAGUACGAUCCCAUGGCCGUCGGGCUAGCCGAGUACAAACCAGGCCGCCACGAUCGCAUGUCGUCCGGGGGGGUUGGCGAGGGCCUGGGACCAGAACAGCAGCAGCAGCAGCAGCAGCAGCAGCAACACCUCCAGGAAGACCGCAUCCCGCUCGUGCACCACCAGCGCCAGGUAUCGGAGGAUGUCGACGCGCCCUAUCCGAGGCCGCUGAUGCAUGUCCCGCCUCCGCCGUCCUAUACGAGUGCGAAUGAGGAGUAUUCGGAUACAGCGCCUGCUUGGAGUCAGCGCCGCGGUCCCCGGAUGAGGUUUAGUGCUUACAAUAAUCCGAGCUAUGAUCAUUCUGGGGAGCAGACGAGUUAUGAUCCUGCCGGGUAUAGAUGA